UCCUCGCCAGCAGGCCCCAUGGCGACGCCGUCGCAGAAGCGGAGCACGCGCAGCGGCGCGGGGGGCACCCCGCUGUCGCCCACCCGCAUCACGCGCCUGCAGGAGAAGGAGGAUCUGCAGGAGCUCAACGACCGCCUCGCCGUCUACAUCGACAAGGUGCGCUCGCUGGAGCUGGAGAACGCCGGCCUGCGGCUGCGCAUCACCGAGUCCGAGGAGGUGGUGAGCCGCGAGGUGUCGGGCAUCAAGGCCGCCUACGAGUCGGAGCUCGCCGACGCGCGCAAGACCUUGGAUUCGGUGGCCAAGGAGCGAGCGCGGCUGCAGCUGGAGCUCAGCAAAGUGCGCGAGGAGCACAAGGAGCUCAAAGCGCGGAAUGCCAAGAAGGAAGGGGACCUGCUGGCGGCCCAGGCGCGCCUCAAGGACGUGGAGGCCCUGCUCAACUCCAAGGAGGCCGCGCUCUCCACGGCCCUGGGCGAGAAGAGGAACCUGGAGACCGAAGUGCGGGACCUGCGCGCGCAGGUGGCCAAGCUGGAGAGCGCCCUGAGCGAGGCCAAGAAGCAGCUGCAGGACGAGAUGCUGCGGCGGGUGGACGCCGAGAACCGGCUGCAGACGCUCAAGGAGGAGCUCGAGUUCCAGAAGAACAUCUACAGCGAGGAGCUGCGGGAGACCAAGCGGCGGCACGAGACGCGCCUGGUGGAGAUCGACAACGGGCGGCAGCGCGAGUUCGAGAGCAAGCUCUCCGAGGCGCUGCAGGAGCUGCGCAGCCAGCAYGAGGCCCAGAUCAAGCUCUACAAGGACGAGCUGGAGAAAACCUACGGGGCCAAGCUGGAGAACGCCAAGCAGUCGGCCGAGAGGAACAGCAACAUGGUGGGCGCUGCGCACGAGGAGCUGCAGCAGACGCGCAUCCGCAUCGACAACCUCUCCUCCGAGCUCAGCCACCUGCAGAAGCAGCUGGCCGCCAAGGAGGCCAAGCUGCACGACCUGGAGGACGCGCUGGCGCGGGAGCGCGAGAGCAGCCGGCGGCUGCUGGCCGACAAGGAGCGCGACAUGGCCGAGAUGCGGGCGCGCAUGCAGCAGCAGCUGGACGAGUACCAGGAGCUGCUGGACAUCAAGCUGGCGCUCGACAUGGAGAUCAACGCGUACCGCAAGCUGCUCGAGGGCGAGGAGGAGAGGCUGCGGCUCUCGCCCAGCCCCUCUUCCCAAAAGGGAGCGUCCCGCGGCCACGGCGGCAUCCACUUCUCCACGCCGGGCUCCUCCAAGAAGCGGAAGCUGGAGGACAGCGAGAGCCGCACGAGCUUCUCGCACCACGCGCGGACGAGCGGCCGCGUCGGCGUCGAGGAGGUGGACCUGGAGGGCCGCUUCGUGCGCCUCAGGAACAAGUCCAACGAGGACCAGGCCAUGGGCAACUGGCAGAUCAAGCGGCAGAACGGGGACGACCCCCUCCUCACCUACCGCUUCCCACCCAAGNNNNUCCUCUUGGCGUUUUCCCCGCUCUAGAUCUGGGCCUCGGGGGCCGGGGCCACCCACAGCCCCCCCAGCGACCUGGUGUGGAAGUCGCAGAGCAGCUGGGGCUCAGGGGAGAGCCUGCGCACGGCGCUCAUCAACUCCAGCGGCGAGGAAGUGGCCAUGCGCAAGCUGGUCCGCACCGUGAUCAUCAACGACGAAGACGAGGAUGACGAGGAUGACGAGGUCAGCAUCCACCACCGCCAUCACCACGCCAGCUGCGGCGGCUCUGGCGACCCCGGCGAGUACAACCUGCGCUCGCGCACCGUGGUGUGCGGCACCUGCGGGCAGCCGGCCGACAAGGCCGGCAGCCAGAACGCCGGCAUGGGCACCAUGUCCUCAGGAUCCUCCACCUCCAGCGUGACCGUCACCCGCAGCUACCGCAGCGUCGGCGGCACCGGCGGCGGCAGCAGCGGCCUGGGGGACAACCUGGGCACCAGGUCCUACAUCCUGGGCAGCUCCAGCCCCCGUAGGCAGGCUCAGGCUCCGCAAAACUGCAGCAUCAUGUAACUCCAUGCGCCAUUCCCAUGUUUCCUGGGCAUCUUGAGCUACUUUUUCCCAAAGCAAAUGGAUUUCUCUUUUUUUUUUCUUUUCCAUAAAAA